AUGGCUUCCAAAAGACUGUCGAUGGCCGUUCUGGACGACUUCCUGGACAUUGCGCGGCCGCAUUUCGCGUCUAUCCCAAUAGAUAAACUGCCCAUUACUAUCUUUCGAGACACGCUGCCAGCAUACACACAUCCACAGACCACAGCAGCCCAGCGAGAGGCCAUUGUCGACCGCUUGAAACCCUUCACCGUGCUCUCCACCAUGCGCGAACGCACACCCUUCCCCGCCGACCUACUCCGCCAGCUGCCCAACCUGAAAUUACUGCUCGCAACAGGCACACAAUUUGAAACGUUCGAUCUGCACGCCGCGCGAGAGCUAGGCAUCACUGUCGCUGCGGCCCCGGGCAAGGGCCGAACAGACGGCAGACGUAUGCAAGGGCGCCCCCCGCGUCCGAAACUGGACAUCAAGCAAGGGGGCAGCCAUCCGACGACGCAGCAUACAUGGGCGCUCAUCUUAGCGCUCGCCCGCAAUGUCGCGAGCGACGAUGCCGCGAUGAAGGAUCCCGCUCGGCAUGCGUGGCAGACGCAGCUGGCAAAGGGGUUGACGGGCGCGACGCUGGGGGUCGUCGGCCUGGGUCGGUUGGGUGCUGCCGUCGCGCGUGUGGGAACACUCGCGUGGGGGAUGAAGGUGGUCUGCUGGAGUGAGAAUCUAACACAGGAGAAAGCCAAUGCACAGGCUGAAGCGAUGGGAUUGUCCCCUUUCCCCUCUGCCUCCAAUAACGAACACGAGCAACCCACCUUCCGGGCCGUCAGUAAGGAGGAACUGUUCCGAACGGCAGACGUGGUGAGCGUUCAUUACGUACUCAGUGAACGCUCCCGUGGGAUCAUCGGGUCCCAGGAGCUACAGCUCAUGCAGGACUCGGCGCUGCUGAUCAACACGUCGCGAGGGCCCUUGAUCGACCAGACGGCCCUGCUCGCUGCACUGCGCGAAGGCCGGAUUGGAGGCGCCGCGCUGGACGUGUUUGAUAUCGAGCCUCUGCCAUCUGAUAGUCCAUGGCGAUCGACGAGCUGGGGAACACAAGGCAGCAGUAACCUGCUCAUCACGCCGCACAUGGGCUACGUCGAAGAGGGGAUCAUGCACACCUGGUACGAGGAGACGGCGGAAAACGUGGAACGGUGGCUAUCAGGGAGUGAGAUUCUCCACCGAUUGAACUAG